AUGGAAAGUUUAAUCACCAAUUUAGACUUGUUUGUUCUUCUACGAAGUGAGAGUACUUCAUUUGAUCAUGAAGUAUUGUGCGGUGCAGUUGUAUCCCGCAUAGGCGAUUGCCUGUCUGACGAAGAUCGUGUUGUUCUCAAAGAAUUUUGUCGGAGAUUUACGCGAGCCGCUUUACAAAGGUGGCAGAAAUCCAACCGAUUCCUUGAUAAUUUCAGGAGAAAGUACGAAAAUUGGUUGGGAGCAAAUAUUGAUUGGCCGAGUUUUGUGCAAACUUUAGUUAAUCAAGAACCAAGUGUUGAUAAGGCACCAAGAGCGCCCUCAGUCUCUCCAGAACCGUCGACAUCAACGUCCAUUGGAACAAUGACGAAAAGAUCCCGUAAAUCAUUCGAAGAUCUGGGAAGUAAACAAAAAAAGAGAAGAUCUGAUGAACACACAGGCGAAGCUUCCAGUGAAUUGGUAUAUGCAGCUGCAGCACGUUUAAAAGAAGAAGGGCAUGGAGAUAUCGCCUCUGUCAUCGAAUACAUGAUGAAAAAUCCUGAAGUAGCCGCUAAAUUAAAUGAAACGCUUAAGAAACCAGCGAAAACAGUCAUAUUUAUGCCAGAAAAGGCACUUGGAUUGCUUCUUUCGCUAAAACUCUCAAAGUGGCAAUAUAUUAAUUACGUUGCGUGA